AUGUUCCACCUUCGCAUCCACUCCAUCGACUCGCCCCGGCGCCCCCGCACGGCGGCCGAGAUCGUCGCCGGGGGCGCUGCGGCCGCAGCCUCCGCCGGGAGCCAUGUCCACGACUCUUUUGUCCUCUCUUCGUCCCCAUCUUCUUCCAAACCUCUCUCCGUGGCGGCGGGGUCGUCGAAUCCGAGCCCUAGCGUGCAAGUGAGCAGGGGCAUCGCCCGCCUCUUCCGGAACUCCUCCUCGGAGUAUACGUCCUCGUAUUCAAUCCCCCCCUCCUCCCCAGACCCGCACCAGCUUCCCCCUCUUCCGGUGAGACUAUGCUUCCUCUCUCUCUCUCUCCCUCUCCUAUGUUCUCUCCUCAUGUUUUUCAUUUCUCUCUUUCUCGCAAGGCAUGGAGGAAGACGCUCCUGUUUGUUCUGGCCAUCCCCAGUCGCUUCACGACGGACGACUUUCUGCACUUUUGCUGCUGGCCCUACUCAGAGCGGCUGCUAGAGGUCAGGGUUAUCAGGUAUUGGAGGCUUUUUGUUGGGCACUCCAGCGUGAGAGGGAAUUGUCGAUGAUAUGAGAUUUCAAUGCCAUGCUCUUUGCUGCACUUGACCAGGAAUGAUGCUGUUGAGGAGUGGUACAGCAUGAUCAUCAUGUUCGAUGACCAGAAGGCUGCUGACAGUUUCUAUUCAGAUCUUAAUGGCUGGCGUUUCCCUUCUGAAGAGGUCUUUCUAUACUUCUUUGCGCAGCUUUCUAAUGUUCUUGCUUUUGUUAAUCAAGUUGUCAUCUACCAAACGCAAUUUUUUUUGCCACCUGCUCUGUUGCAUGGACUUUCAGGCUGAGGUUUGCCACAUUCUAUUUAUUUCGUCGGUGGAGUUCACAGAGUCCACUGACCUUGCUGCCUCUCCUCCAGUUGGGUUCACAGAGCUGCCUGCCUGUCCUGUUUGCCUUGGUGAGGACCUUUAUCUUUCUUAUUUCCUCUGCCUAUUCUUCUACAGUGAUGGUUUCUAUUUCUUUAUCUAGCUUUGGGUACAUUUUCAACCAUUUUUUUCUCCUGAGAUAAUGUGAUUUUGUAUAAUUUUCUCGCCAUCUGGUAACCUAAAGUGAUGUGAAAACUAGAGGAAAUGUAUCUUCUUGAUGAUAAGCAAAUUGUUUAUUUCAUUCAUGCCCUAAUUCUAUCGUGUAGGGCAGAAGCCAUCCCCAUUCCAACUUGUCGAAACUUCUCGACUGGGCUUCCUUUGUUGUCAUCAUUCAGCAUUAGAUCACAUGAUUGGCUGAUUAUCCAUUAUUUUUAGAGGGUGAAAUUGGUUCGUUGUUAUCAGAAAGAAAGAAGCUAAUUCCCUUGCCCAUGCAGCAAAUGUUGAAUUAUACACAUUGAUUACAUGGCGUAGCCUCAACUUCCUAGUCCUAUCACAGUUGAAAACGUUUUUUUUAAAUUCUGGAAGAUUUUUUGUCCUAUGCUGAGCUUGCUAAUUGCAACCUAUCUCCGUAAAUUCUUGUAAAAGAGUUGAAAUUAAUAUUCUCAUUAUGCUUCAUUUCUUCCUUGUAUCUUCCUGCCUUUAUUUCUCAGAAAGAUGUUAUAUAAUUUUUUAAAAAUCAGCAUUCAUCGUUUAUAUUCAUUUUUCUUCAUUCUAAUACUACAAGACAGUUUUCUUCGGAGGAUGCAUUUUAAAUGUUUUGGAGAGGAAUUUGUUCCAUUUGUAUAUCUGGCCUGCCUUCGAUUUUUUCAUCGACUCACAUCAAAAUUGUGAAAAUGGUCGCAUGCUUGAGGAGGUAUUGAUAGACUUCUUCUGGACCGUCCCUGGGUUUUGAAAUGUGGCCAUAUUUGCACUUUAGUUUAUGAUACAAGUGAUAGGAUCUCAAACAGGACGCUAAGGACAGCAACCAGAUUGCACAGGCAAAGAGGUAAGAAAAGGAAAACCCUAGAACAGUUUGGGAUGAAUUCGAGAUCGCCCCACUCUCCCACUGACUUCCUCCAAAAGCGCCCCACUCCUUACGCCCCUGGGCCCACCUAUGGCUUACCCUUCCCUCUCCGAGCGAGGUAAUGGGCCUGAUAGUUUCUCAGUAUCCUUGUCAAUCUUAAAACUGCCACCAUUGUGAUGAAGACUUUAACUCUGAAAUCUGCACUGGCUUAGAGCAUGGAGUGUUUAUUUCUCAAACACUGAAUUUUUUUCUUUCAACCAAUUAUCUACUUAUGUGUGAUGCCAUCUUUUGUGGCUAGGCUGGCAAACAUUGUCCACUAAAGUAGCAUAAUGGUGAGGGACCCACAAAAUAAUGCAUGCAUUUUUCAUCGGUUUUUUUUUUGUGGAAUUUAUCUCAAUUUAUGGCUUAUUUCCUCCUCUUUAGAUUUCAUCCUUAUUUUGUCUUUCUUCUCAUUUUCAAUCACCACCUAACAGAGAGGUUGGACCAAGACACUAGUGGGAUUGUCACAACAGGCUGUGACCAUUCUUUUCAAUGCUCAUGUAUUUCAAAGUGGGCCAAUUCAUCUUGUCCAGUAAGUUCCUCAAUGUUAAUUUUUUUACUUCCUGUUAUUUAAUUUUGAAACAACGGAAAAAUUACUUUCUUCACUUUUAUGUGUAAGAAAUCUUUUUGUAUUCGAAUUAUUUAAAUACCUAUGAGCAUAUCUUCAUUGUGUUGUGAAGAACAAAUACCAGUAGUGCAUGUAGUGUCAAAUUAACUGGGGAUGGUGAUCUUGGUGCACCAUCAGAAAUAGCAUGUUAUGAAUGGUUUCGUGACCAUAUUUGAGUGUGAGGACAGUAAAAUUUGAUCGUAUCAUGUACUUCAUCCAUAACGCAUGAAAUCCUCUUUAUUUAAGGCACCAAGGCCUUGAAAUAAUCUAAAAACUUGGGUUCUACUUUAUUAUAUACUUAUUCAGUAGUAGAAGUUGCGAGCGUCCAGGUCUGAUCAUUCAUUUUAAUUUUAACCACAUAUUUGUCUCUCACUCUUUAUCGGAGAUUGAAAAUUUUCUGAAACUUGGCAUGUGGACAUUGGGGGGCCACACAGGACUUAUGCAGUAUAAUGAAUCUGUAUGACUGACUGCGACAUCUGGUCGUCUGUCAGUUAAUGGUUUUAUUCAAUUCUUAUUGGACUUCGUUUCUCUCAGUAACUUUUAUAAUUGGCAUAUUGAUUGAUUUUUUGUUUCCUGAAUGUCUAAAUAAUUGAACUCAAGAAAAUUAAUCAGAGAUAUUGAACAGUAUAUCAACUUAACAAUAAGAUGCGAUUUGAAUUAGAUGCUAGCUUUGUUAACAUUCUCUGGCUCGAUGAUCACUUUUCAACAUUCCAAUAAAAAAUAUGGUUGAAAUUUUCAACCAUAGGUUCAUGAGUCAGAGACAAGUAUACGAUAAAAAGUUGCAACAGUAUUAUGUUUUGAGUCAAAUGAUUUGGUCUUGCCAUGAUUGUCGUAAAAAGUGCUUACCCACCCAUUUGUUCUAUAAUAAACUCCAAUACAGAAAAAUAUCCAGAUACCUCCCCGUUCCAUAUGAUGCAAGGCUGCAAAGCAUUCAUAAGUUCAUUCUUAUGUUUACUUAAUUCACCUAGGAUAUUGAGCAAAUAACUACCCUAUACUGUUUUCUUAACUUUUUGUUUUUCUACUUCGUUAUUUACUAUGAAGCUAUCGUUGAUAAUUUAUAUGAUAUUACACUGACACCAAUCUAUUCUAUUUAUUCCUACUGGCGUUAUCAUCGACAUUUCUGUUUUCAUAUGGAUGAGUACAUCUGAAAAUUAGACGUGAAGCUGUCAUUUUGCUGGGAUGUUUUGCCUGUCUUAGAAGGAAUUGACAUGAAACAUUAAAGGAAUUGGCUCAUGGUGGUUAUCAAAUGUUCAUUGUUCAGGUCUGUCGAUUCUGUAUGGAGCAUAGUGAGAAACCAAGUUGUUCAGUCUGUGAAACUUCGGAAAAUCUCUGGAUUUGUGUCAUAUGUGGUUUUAUUGGUUGUGGAAGGUAUCCUGUUAUCUAUCCUUGCACUUAUAUUGGGAUGUACCACUAGAAUUGUCUUAUUCUAUUUUACUUAUUUUCCGCAGUGAUGUUUGCUUGAACUGGCAAAAUAAUUUUUUACAGAUAUAAGGAAGGCCAUGCUGUUAAACAUUGGAAAGAUAAACAACACUGCUAUUCUCUUCAUAUAGAAAGUCAACGGAUUUGGGAUUAUGUCGGUGAUACUUAUGUUCAUAGACUCAAUCAAUCCAAAAGUCAAGAGAAGCUUUUCAAGUUGAAGAGUCGAUACAGAUCAACCAAAAAAGAUAAUCAAACCUUUGAGUGCAGUGGAGAUUCCGAAAUAAGUGCAGCUCUAUUGAGCAGCAAAGUUGACGCUGUAAUUACUCAUUCUAUGAAGUUUCUCUUCCUUUCUAGAGUACCUAGGAAAACAAGUAUUUGAAGUACAUCUCCGCUUUUAGCAAGAUUGUUCUUGGAAUUUAUCUACUCACCGUUUUUCAAUGGACACUUGGUUGCAGAUUGUUGACGAGUAUAAUAAUUUACUUGCAACUCAGCUUGACUCUCAGAGAGAGGUAAUCAACCAUUUUUUAGCCAGUAUUAUGUUCAUUUUGGAUCUGCUGAAACUUUGGUUUCACUCUUUUUGUUUCAUUUGUAGAUGGCUUACUCUUGAUGAACAUAACAUGUGGUUUGUUUCUUGUUGAAUUUAUGCUUCCAUUGACAGUAUUAUGAAUCCUUACUUUCGGAAGCUAAGGAGAAAAGGGAAAAAACCAUUUAUGAAGCAGUGGAAAAAGCUGUUUGGGAAAAGAUGCAGAACAUCCAACUUGAAGUGGAGAUGGCAACUAAAGAAAAGAAAAAUGUUGCUGAUGUAAGCAUACAUGCUAUGUUCUAAAACAUUUACAUGCCAAUUUCCCCAUUCUUUUCCAAUGGGGAAGGGGAGGGGGGGGUGCUAAUCCCUCAAGGACGAGUUUCUUGCUGAUUUUCAUGGUUCUUCAUUUUCGCCUGAAGACGUCCUCUCACAAGAUUCUCUUAUAUACUCAGAUGAAUGAGGAACUUCUGAAGAACCAAAAUCUUUUACGACAAAAGCUCAAGGAAAUCGAGGAUAGGUACUCUCUCCCCAUAUUUCUACCUUUGCUCCCCGCCCCACCUGUGCCUCAGUAAAAGCAUGAGUUCUAAUUUAGGGAUAUCUUCCAUCAUCUACAUGCCCAGUGCUGUGUGCUCAUGUGUACAGAUAUGUUCUUAUAUAUCCUCAUCUUUCUAUAUUCAAUCAUAUUUUUUUCAGUGAAUUUCAAUUAUGUCAUCACAAUUUAUCCCUUCUUCCCAGAAAGGGAAGAUAAGCUACUGCUUAUUUCCCAAUCAACAUUUUUUUUGGGUUUUUUUUUGGGAUAAUAGUCUACUCCAAUUUUGAUUGAGACAUUGGGAGGCUAUUUCACAAGGAUUCAGUGUAGCCAAAUGAGUAAAAAGCUCCUUGCGUGCUGACCUGCAGGGAGAGGUCUACAUUAAAACUGAAGGAUGAGAGGAUUCAAGACCUAGAAGAAGAGGUAAGCCAUUUGCGUGCUUAUUUCAAUAGUACAGAGACCCAAUGGGGAAACUCGCCUGUAUUUUUCGAGCCUUUCAUUGUCUAUGGUAUGCUGAACUCCAGGUUAGAGAUAUCACUGUGUACAUCAACGCCCAGAAAGCGCUCAGCAACAGAGCAGAUGCAGAUGAAAUCAGAAGCGGAAGUGUAUUGCCAAUGCCACCACAGCAGGCCUCUUCAACAAAAGCUCGAAGAUCGUCAAAGAUGAACAGAAGGCGGCAUUAG